GCUGUCAAAUUUGGUGGUUCUUGUUCUUUUUCUUGAAAUUUAUCGAAGCGAAUUAGGAAAAGUGAAAGAGUUCAUACAAGUUCUGCAAAUAUUGUGACUUGGUGCUUUAGGAUAUUGUGUUUGUGUGGCCCAAAACGGAAAUAAAAUGGCGUUAUACUGUGCAAUAUCGAAUGAGGUGCCAGAGGUGCCAGUGGUGUCUCCAUCGUCGGGCUCCGUGUUCGAAAGGCGCAUCAUCGAGAAGUACAUUAUAGAAAAUGGCGUCGAUCCCAUCAGUGGCAAGGAGCUGCGAGUUGAAGAUCUUAUUGAAAUCAAAACCCCUCCAAUUGUGAAGCCAAAGCCUCCAAGUGCCACAUCUAUUCCCGCCACACUGAAAAGCAUGCAGGAUGAAUGGGAUGCCCUGAUGCUGCAUGCCUUCACGCAGCGCCAGCAGCUUCAGACAGCCAGACAGGAGCUGUCUCACGCCCUGUACCAGCAUGAUGCGGCGUGUCGUGUGAUAGCGCGCUUAACCAAGGAGGUGACGGCGGCGCGAGAAGCCCUCGCCACUCUCAAACCGCAGGCCGGCAUCGCUCAGCAACCUCAACACCCGACGGAGGCGGCGGGGGCGGGGGCGGGGGCGGGGGCGGCGGGCGGGCCGGCGGCGGUGGGCAUGUCGGCGGGCGUGGUGGCGCGGCUGCAGGAGCGCGCCACGGCGCUCACGCAGGAGCGCAAGCGCCGCGGCCGCACCGUGCCCGAGGGGCUCGCCUCCCCAGACCAGAUCCGCGCCUUCCUCACCGUGGCCAGCCAUCCCGGUCUCCACUCAGCCAGUGUGCCAGGUAUCUUGGCUUUGGAUAUCAACCCCACGGACCACAGCCGCAUUCUCACUGGAGGAAACGAUCGCAAUGCUACCGUCUUCAACAAGGACACAGAACAAGUGGUUGCUAUUCUCAAGGGUCACACAAAGAAGGUCACUCGGGUCAUCUACCACCCCGACGAAGACACCGUCAUCACGGCCUCGCCUGAUCACACUAUCCGUGUAUGGAAUGUGCCCACAUCUCAGACAACGGUGAUCCUGCGCUCUCACGACGGCCUGACGGGUCUCUCCCUGCAUCCUACUGGCGACUACGUGCUCUCCACUUCCACCGACCAACACUGGGCCUUCUCUGAUAUUCGCACCGGCGCCUUGCUCACCAAGGUCGGUGACUCCUCCGGCGUCAGCCUAACCACAGCGCAGUUCCAUCCUGACGGCCUCAUCUUCGGCACCGGCACAGAGAACUCCCAGGUCAAGAUCUGGGACCUCAAGGAGCAGAGCAACGUCGCCAACUUCCCCGGGCACGUCGGCCCCGUCACCUCCAUCUCCUUCUCAGAGAACGGUUACUACCUAGCUACGGCCGCUGAGGACGCUUGCGUUAAACUAUGGGAUCUACGUAAGCUUAAGAACUUUAAAACUAUACAACUAGAUGAAGGGUAUGCGAUUAAGGAGCUGUGCUUCGACCAGAGCGGUACAUACUUGGCUGUUGCUGGUUCGGAUGUGCGCGUGUACUUGUGCAGGCAGUGGCAGGAGUUGAAGGUGUUUAAUGAGCACACGGCGGCGGCCACGGGAGUCAGGUUCGGGAGACACGCGCAGUGCCUCGCGUCCACUAGUAUGGAUCGUACGCUGAAGUUGUACGGUAUUGAGUAAGAUUCUGGUAUAGUUUAGUAGGUUUUUAAUUGCAAAUUACAAAUGGCGCCCAGUUUUUAUAGGAUAGUCGCGAGGCAUUUUUGGCAAUAGGUUUAACCCUGUUACGAUAGUUUCACUUUCGUAAAAUUAAACUUCGAUUGGUCAAGUAGUUUCUAAAACAGGACAGCGAAAGAGUUUAUACGCGCCUAAAGCAUAUAUGCGAUUUUACACUCAAUCAGAAUUCACUCGGAUAGAAAAGUAAUGUCUUAGAAUAAGUUUUAUUUAAGGAUUUAUUUCUAUGUAAUCAAUUCCAUAACAUUGAUAUCAAAUUGUUGACGUCGAUGACUUAUUUUUGUUAUUAAAUAGCCAGGAUGGUCUCUUAAAAUGCAACAUUGAGAGUUGACAUCCUAUUAUGAGUGUGCAACUACGAGCGAUUAAUUUGUAAUUUCGACUUAACGUAUUCUUUGGUACUACUGGAGUUUUUAAAUACUGAUAGUUGUACCUAUAGAUAGUGACUUAUUAAUUAAUUUAGACAAAAAAAGGAAUAUUGAUGUAUCAAGGGAAAGAUUAUUAACACAUUUCAUGAAAUAAUGCAUGUAGGUUGAAACUGUAAGUUGUCAUGCAUGACUGUGUAGCAGUUAUUCUGCUGAUAUAGACGGUAAAGCUAUGUUGUAAAGGUUCGCUUUCAUUUCACUAAGUGUAGUACAUCAAACUUUUAGGUAGGUUAUUUUAAUUUGGUUUGGACUCUACUAGUAGCGUAUAAAAUGAAGUGAAGAACCAUGCCAUGAUUUAUUAUUAUCAAGUAUUUUAGAGGUAAACUAUUUUAACAAUGUGCUCCUAUCCAAAGCUGAACCGGCAUACAAGUGAUAUUAACGACGAAGUUUUAUUCUGUAUAAUUACUUUAGACGGGAGCAUUGGUGCCGUGCAUUUUCAAAAUAGUCUAUCUGGAAAGGUAAUAAACAAAUUUCAUUCAUUUGACUUGAUUUUUGUGAUCAUCAUGAUAGUUUAAGUAUAGUAUGAGGAAUUAAUAGGUAUGUAUUUGAAAUUAGGAAUAUUAUGUUGAUCAAUUCUAUAAAUAUUAUGUUAAUUUCAUAAUGCAUCUCUGUUAAUUUCUACAUAUGCUCUGUCCUGAAAAUAAAUAUAUUAAUUUGAAAUAAUUCGGUAUUUUAUUGAAGCAGGUUCAAGUAAAAACAUUCCCAGUGUUUGUAUUUUUAUUUUUAUAAAUUACAUUAAACAAUAAAAUUUCCUUCCCUUCAAAUCUUUAAAAUAUAAUCAUUAUAUACACUUAACUUACAGGAAUAUUAACAUAAACAAUAUCUAACAAAUAUAAGUUCGUGGUCUCUACGAAAUUUGAUAUACAUAUAUAUUUACUUAUGCAGUAUAUUUGAAACAAUUCGUUUAGGACGCUUAGAAGUAUAUUUACGAGUGCAGGCUGUUUUAUUUAAAUAUUAUACUCUGCAAAGUGGACAUGUUUGUCAGUAGAGUGAAACCAAGUUCUGUAGGCAGCAAUUUUAACCCUUUGAACGCCAAGAACUGAAACUGGUCGUGUAUCGUCGUGCCCACCACGCCAAUAACCACUAAAGUGGCUACUGUCAAAGCAAUUGUCCUGCUGACAGAUAAGGUUUAUUACUCGUUAUUUACUAAUAUUGGCGUGUUGGCUACACUUUGACGUGAGGGCCAAAGCGUUCAAAAGGUUAAAAGCACAAACUAGUGUUUAUUAAACAUCAUAACUUCAUCAUGCUCAGUUUCCGAGGUGAGCAGAUAAUCAAAAUGUUGAGUACAUGACCUGAAUAUUCACCACACAGAGUAUAUUCGAACAAUUCCACAAAUCGGGACAAAAAGGACUUUAUUGUCUAUAAAUAUCUGUUAAUAUGAUUAACUGUACAUUUAUGUAAGCUCACAAAACAACGCUUAAUAAAAUUCACCAGAAAGAAACGAAGUUUUGUAGAUCGAGAUAAAACUUGUUUCAUACAAAAGAUACCUUCUAAUGAUUGCUACUUUUAAAUGUCUGCUAAAUAUUGUACACUAGUUCCUUGCCCUUACAUCGCAAACAAUUUCAGCAAAUCCACACAAUCCUGUUAAAACCAUCAAAUGAGGCUGUUCACAACAAAAGGUACCUUAUUCUGUUACCUUUUCAUAUGGAAAACCAUAAAUACUUUUAAUUACAUUUUAAACACUGGAUAGAAUGAUAAACCACUUAUCUGCUAUGGACCUAAAACUAAAGUAGGUAAUUAUUAACUUUUAGUUCCCUUCUGACGCCAUAUGCUUCAUUCAGUGUCUCGUAAUAUAUGAUAUUUGACGCCGUAAGCAGCGUAUGGCGUCAACGGGGAAGGUUUGAAAUGGAACUGUACAAAGGCCCCUGCGUAUUUGCGAGUGAAACGGUGUCCCCACGAAAUAAUUAAAAAAAAUCUUAAUAUCGGAUCUCAGACCAAAAACUUACACUAUCAUUAUCUCUGAAAGAUUAUCAUUUCGAUCUUUAUGCAUAGGCAAAAAAGUCCAUAUUAAUUACAACCUUUUUAAAAGAAAGUCCUCGGAUUAUUUCCUACUUAAAACUUCUCAUAUAAAGCCAAUAGCAACUCUA